AGGAAGAAAUCCACGUCGCCUAUCUUGCAUCGCAUAGUCCAGCCGUGUAAUGUCCUCAAUGUGUACGUUUAUUUAAGGCGGAUAAAGGUGUCCAUAGUGGCGGGGUAACGUGGAUAACCCACAUUGGUCCAGUUUGCUGAAAGGGUGAGGACUAAAAUGGAGCUGGAAGACGGAGUUGUGUACCAGGACGACCCGGGGACAUCAGCGAUGAUGUCUGAGCGGGUAUCGGGCCUGGCCAACUCCAUCUACCGCGAGUUCGAGAGGCUCAUCGGUAAAUACGACGAGGACGUGGUGAAGGAGCUGAUGCCGCUCGUCGUGGCCGUGCUGGAGAACCUGGACUCGGUGUUCGCGGAGAACCAGGAGCACGAAGUAGAGCUGGAGCUGCUGAAGGAGGACAACGAGCAGCUCAUCACCCAGUACGAGCGGGAGAAAGCGCUGAGGAAACAUGCCGAGGAGAAGUUCAUUGAGUUUGAGGACACUCAUGAACAGGAUAAGAAAGACCUGCAGAACCACGUGGACAGAAUGGAGUCCCACUCGCGGCAACUGGAACUCAAGAUCAAGAACUACGCAGACCAGAUCGGAAGGUUAGAAGAACGUGAAUUGGAGCUCAAGAAAGAAUUCAACUCUCUCCAUCAGAGACACACAGAGAUGAUCCAUAACUACAUGGAGCAUGUAGAGAGGAUCAAAAUGCAGCAGAUUAGUGAGACUUCAGAGUCCAGCGCAGUCGGCCGAGUCAGGAGAGACCGACCUCUUUCUUUGGGGAUCUUCCCGGCAUCUGGUGGAGCGUCUUUGAUAAUCCCCGACCCCCAGGCCAGGGCAGAGACACCGAGCACCGAGGGCUGGAGGUUCACCGACCCGGCCCGCUCCAACACCAGCCUCAAGCAGUUGGACUUUGUCGAGCCCCCAAAGGAAAGGGAGGGUAAGAGUGCGCAGGACUCUACUUGGGGGAAUUCACUGGCAGACGACUGCAAGGAAGAGCUGUCAGACUUCACCGGCUCCAAGUCGGCCACACCAAUGUCCACCACAGCCUCGGACAUGGAGAGGGAAGGUGGGAACAGUAAGAGCACGGAGGUGCAGGCUGCACCGGGGACCAGAUCCAUAUCAGUGGGUUUGCCUGAAAAUGAGGACAGCUCAGAUGUGCAGGACAUCAUUGAGUCCACCCCUGAGCUGGACAUGGAUCUCAUUGGAUUCAAGCCCUGCAGUACUCCCACUAAAGGCAUUGAGAACAUGGCAUUUGACCGGAACACAGACUCGCUGUUCGAAGAGCUAUCGUCUGCAGGCACUGGGCUCAUAGGGGAUGUGGAUGAAGGGGCCGACCUGCUGGACCUUAGUUUGAUUGGUAUGGGCCGGGAAGUUGAAAAUCUCAUUCAGGAGAAUUCACAAUUGCUUGAGACAAAGAAUGCUCUGAACGUGGUGAACAAAGACUUGAUACUGAAGCUGGACGAGUUGACCUGUGAGAAGGAGAUGUUGCAGGGAGAGAUGGAGGCUGUGCUGCAGGCCAGGACCAAGCUGGAGGACAAGAACAAAGAGCUGGAGGAGGAGCUCAAAAAAGUGCGACUGGAAGUGGAGGAAGUGAAGCAAAAAACUAAAGAAGAAGAAGAUAGCGAUGUACCGACAGCGCAGAGGAAGCGCUUCACCAGAGUGGAAAUGGCCCGAGUGCUGAUGGAGAGGAACCAGUACAAAGAGAGACUGAUGGAGCUGCAGGAAGCUGUGAGGUGGACAGAGAUGAUCAGGGCCUCAAGAGAAAAUCCAACUCUUACAGAAAAAAAGAAAUCCAGCAUCUGGCAGUUCUUCAGCAGACUGUUUAGCUCCUCCUCCAGUGCUCCGGCUAUAAAGAAGGUGGAGUCACAGUCCAACAUGAAGUACAACGCCCCGGGCGGCAUGGUGAAGAGGAGCAGCACCUUCUCCCAGUUCCCCACAGAGAAGUCCAAGACGUUCGACUUCCUCAAUGAAGAAAAGGACCAGUGCAGUUCGCCAUCACGUAAAGAGCAGAAGAGAGCCCAGUACAGACAGGUGAAAGCCCACAUGCAGAAGGAGGACGGACGAGUCACUGCACACGGCUGGAGCCUCCCCAGCAAAUACAAGGUGGCGAAUGGUGGACAAGUGGAGAACAAAAUGAACUUACCUGUCCCGGUGUACUUGAGACCUCUGGAUCAGAAAGAUGCUUCUAUGAAGCUGUGGUGCGCUGCAGGGGUCAACCUGUCCGGGGGAAGGACAUUACCAGAGCUCAUGAAGCAGACGAAGGGUUCUCAGAGUAGCCUGGAUCAGUUAGAGCAAGAGAGUAAGGAUCAGGAGAAAGGGGAGCAGGAUAAGGAGCUCGUCCUUCAGGACGAGACAUCCAGUCGGGUGUGGGUGUGCACCAGCACCCACUCCUCCACCAAGGUUAUGGUGCUGGACGCCAGUCAGCCCUCCGAUCUACUUGACAGCUUCUACGCCUGCAACACCCACGUUGUCUGCAUCGCCAGCGUGCCAGGCGUGUUGGAGACGGAUUAUUUGGCAGGUGAGGAGGUACCCCAAGACCUGGAGGCUAGCCAAGGUGACGGGGUGUCGCUGGCCGGCAGUGUGGCCAGCGUGGGCUCAACAGGCAGCGAUGGCGCCAUGGCAGCAGAGGGGACCACCGCCAUCCCCCAGACAAACAGCGCAGGUGUCGGCGACCAGCCGGCUGAACAAAGUGUCAUCUCUAGCUCAGUUGAGCUUUCGAGAGAGGCCAGUCCAGCAGAAGACGGCAUUCCCACAGCGGAAGAAGCAACGGAAGCAACGGAGGCUAAUGCCGGCGUCGGCGAAGAAGGAGAGGAGGACCAGGGAGCGGAUCAAAACCAGCCAGGGAUCUACACAGAGCAUGUGUUUACAGACCCACUAGGGGUGGGACCCACUGACUCCCCUUCUGCUGACUCACAGAGGGGCAGCGGGCAUGAUGGUGAGACGUCCUGUCAAGACGACUCAGACCCUUCAGACGGGGAACUCCUGAGGAUGAGCAGCGCACUGCCCACCAUGUGGCUGGGAGCUCAGAAUGGAUGUCUGUAUGUGCACUCGUCCGUGGCUCGGUGGAGGAAGUGUCUUCACGCCAUCAAGCUGAAAGACUCCAUCCUCAGCAUAGUGCACGUUAAAGGGAGAGUCCUGGUGGCUUUGGCUGAUGGGACGUUAGCAAUUUUCCACAGAGGCACAGAUGGUCAGUGGGAUUUAACCAACUACCACCUGUUGGAUCUGGGCCGGCCUCACCACUCUAUCCGCUGUAUGACAGUCGUCCAUGACAAGGUGUGGUGCGGCUACAGGAACAAGAUCUACGUCAUCCAGCCGAAGGCCAUGAGGAUAGAGAAGUCGUUUGACGCUCAUCCUCGCAAGGAGAGUCAGGUGCGGCAGCUGGCCUGGGUGGGAGACGGUAUCUGGGUGUCCAUCCGACUGGAUUCAACUCUACGCUUGUUUCACGCUCACACCUACCAGCACCUCCAGGACGUGGACAUAGAGCCCUAUGUCAGCAAGAUGCUGGGUACGGGUAAACUGGGCUUCUCGUUUGUGAGAAUCACAGCUCUGGUGGUGUCCUGCAGCCGGCUGUGGGUGGGGACAGGAAAUGGCGUCAUCAUCUCCAUCCCGCUGUCUGAAGCCAACAAGACGACGGGAACAGUGCCAAAUCGGCCCGGCAGUGCUGUACGGGUUUACGGUGAUGACGGGUCAGACUGUGCUGUGCAGGGCAGCUUUGUACCGUACUGCUCCAUGGCCCACGCCCAGCUGUGUUUCCAUGGACACCGAGAUGCUGUCAAGUUUUUUGUCACAGUGCCAGGUCAAGCGAUGCCCCCUCCAGGCAGUGCAGAUUCAGGUUCUGAUGACCCUCCAUCUGAAUCCUCAGACACAGCAACCUCUGAGCCCAAAACAUACCUGGUCAUGAGUGGAGGUGAAGGCUACAUCGACUUCAGAAUGGGUGAUGAAGGUGGCGAGUUGGACGGUUUAUCAGAGCCAACAGGCAGCCAGCAGUCACCACCUACCAAGGCCGAGCGAAGCCACCUCAUCGUCUGGCAGGUCACAACCUCGAAUGAAUAAAAGAAAGAAGAAGAAAAAAUCACAGACUAUUGUGUCAACGCCAGGACCGACCACCAAACCCCCGCAUGUCCUCCUCGAGGUUUUUAAUUUGAUAUUACUGAUUGUUCUUAAUGCCUGAGUAGCUGACUACUUUGUAAAAGAAAAACAAUUAUUUUUAGUCCAUGUUUUGUACAGUUUAUUCUUUAUGAAUUUCAAUUAGUUAAGGUAAGGUUUAUGUUAACUUAAAGAAUACGUCCGAGGUCCGAGGUUUCCCUGCUGCUGGGAUGCAUGUUGGAAAAGCAGGUGCACACUUGAAAAAGUUAACGUAGCUGAAGUUUGAUCGGGUAACGUGUGGAAGUUGUUGGUCCCCGAAAUGUUAAAAAGGGUUUCGAUGUGAAGGAUAAAAGGGAAUAGCGCUUGAAGCAGUUUAGGAGUCAUUGAAAAAAGAGCAGAAAGUUGAUCUGAAGUAUAUUUUAUAUAUUACAAAACAUAAGACUUUACAUUUGUAAACCACAUGUCUGUACGUGUGUGUGAGCGUCAGAGUGUGUAUACAUUCACUGAGCAUUUUUAUUAUCUUUAAAAUAUGUUCCCUACGAGUCCAAACGUAUACAAAAUUUUAAAAGGUUCAAUUAUUUGAGACUGAUUACUCUACUAUAUAGUCUGAUUAUUAGAAAAGCAGCUUGCAUGUACCAGUGGUAAACUUAAUGUGCUUUUAUUCAGCAAAAGUUGUAGAAUAAAACACACUGAGGGGUUGUAUUAAUAUUGAAUGACACCGAGCCCUAUCUGUGUUUGAGGACAUGAGUAAUGUCUGAGCAGUUUGGGUACUGUGACUGAACAAAACAACUGUACUGUAGGUUAGCGUUAGUCCGCAUGGGGGAAUCCUGUUUCCUCGUCCAAGUGUGUGCGCCUGCUUGGCCGUUUUAAAGCUUAACCCUCGUCUGUCUGCUUCCUGUCUGCUUCAGAUCAUUGGCACUUUAAAUGUUAGAAGUUAGUCAAUCGAGGUUUGGAAGAACACCCAGACUGUGUCCGAAAUCCCUUACUCUUCGAUCAUACUCCACUAUAUAAUGAGGUCACCUAUUUUGCAGUGCUGUCCGAAUGUGUAUUACGAAUUAUUCUACCGCACAUCAUACACCCCUUCUCAACCAACGCAACCUAGUGCUAGUGCUGGGCUGGUGAUGGUGCUGGUUCCUAGUUGGUUCAACUUGAGAACUUUUUCAGUACCUGUUUGCUUUUCCACAGGCUGUAGAGCCACGUCACUGUAUUGGUCUCUGCCCUCCGUAAGCAUAAUAACAACAAUGGCGGACAGUGUUGUCUCUAUUCAAAUUUCGGGUUUGCAAGCCUACUUUGGCUGGCAGUUCAAACACGACUGGUACAAACAGUUGUGCUGCUUGUUUUGAUCGCCAUGGAAGGCGAUUACAUUUCUAUUAACACUGAACGUAAGUUGAUGUUGGCCUUCAUUGUAAGCUAACCUGCUAACACUAGCCUGUGUCAAUCACAUUGCAGUUAAACAAAUUAAAUAAAAUUAAUGAUACACGUUUUAGUUGGUCUUGUUGGUCACGAUAAUCCCGCUCCCCACCGCUGAUGGUUUGUGGUUUGAGACCAGAAAAGAGUCGGUGUCGAUCUGGAACCAGUUUUGCUGACCAAGAGACGGUUCUUUGGCUGUUCGAGUUUAGGCACCAGCUCCGAACCGGCCCUGGACCUGCCUUGGUCAAAAAAGGGGUAAUAGUUGCACACAUUAAGGCUUGUAGGCCAGUGGUGGCCCCCUAAACGUGACAUUCAAUGUGUGCAUUAUAUUUUAAUCUUCUGCUGUGCAUUUCAAUACUUUCCUAAAAGAAUAAUAGCUGCAAGCGAACACAAGAAAAUAGUGAUGGGAAUUCACAAGCAACAGAUUGUGGCCGCUUCAUAACACGAAUGAAAGAUACAUUUAUUUUCAACCCUAACCCUAACCCUGAUGCACAACAUAUGGACACCCCUUCUAAUGGACAACAUGGGACAAAAAUGACCUGCAUUCAUUUUCCAUGUUAUUUCGUGCUGGCUGUGUUAUUCUUUGCUCUAUCUUUUUAAAUCAAUUUGUUUUAUGAUUGAAUAGUCCAAGUAUUCUUUGAAUAUCUUUUUUUAAAAUUACAACUGAUCAUUAUAUCAAUUUUUCCUUUCAUACUUUAUGAAGAAAAAUAGUUUUGUAUUAUUACAUAAAUUUUACACACGUGGGUCAAAAAUGACUCGUCCAAAUUUGAUUUAAAAUUAAAUGACCUAUUACUAUAAUACUACUACUAUACUAUACUAUAAUAACUAUAAAUAUAAUAUACUUUACUAUAAUAAUAUUACUUUGUUUCAAAUAGUUACUUUGGCAGUAAAAGGGGCAAAACACUCAUAUUUAAUAUAUUUAACAUGUUUAUGUAUCAUUUUGUCACACAUACAGUGUAUCUGGAAGGUAUUCACAGUGCUUCACUUUUUCCAUUUUUUUUUUAUAUUACAGCCUUAUUCCAAAAUUGAUAAAAUUAUUUUUUACUUAAAAUUAUACACACAAUACCCCAUAAUAAAAUUUUUGACCCAUGUUGUGCAUUAGAAGCGUAGUGAUACAAAAGGGGUUUUUAUUCAGAAAGUAAGAAAUGAAAACAAAAAAUGAGGAUGUAUGAUGAUCAAAAACAAGUUGAAAACCUGGAAUACUGAAUGAUGAAAUUCAAUUAUUGUAAAGAUAUAAAAAAUAAAAACUCAGUCGGUUCACUUUAGACCCAUGUUUUGCAUCAAAGGGUUAAUUCCUUUAAUAACCACAAAAUGCUUUUUCCUGUGAAUUGUCCACAACCCAACAUCGAUGUGGCAUGUUGUAAAUGUGUGACAGCACAUGUGAUAAUGACCUGAGUAUCAGCCAAAAGUGUUUCUUCAUUUUGCCAAUUAGCUCACUGUACAUUCCUCUACAUAGAACUCCUUAGAUCGUGGGCAGGGAAUAGUGAAUGAUUUCGGACACAGCAUCACGACACUACUAUGUGCUAAUCAUGUAAUGGGAACAAAAUGAACAAAUAUUUGUAGUGAUGUGUCAUCCCAGUAACCAAAGGACAAAAGAAGAAGCAACGUGAAACUGACUUUAUUAUUUUCAUCUUGUCUAACUUCCUGUAAUAAUUUGAGGUAAUACAUGUGUAUUUUCAGGGUGUCAUCUUAUUGGGAAAUAAGCUUGAAUAAGGGAAUCUGACUUAAAAUAGCAUUUUUUGUGUGGCACCUAACGGACAUGCACACAGCACUAAAGGGAGUCUCUCCCAAUUGCUUCUUCAUUCCUUGUUUUGUUGUUAAAAAACAAUUGGAGACCUGGAAGGAAAUUGUUGUCAUUAUUUUUUUUAUUGGUAUUUUGGUCGUUGUUUGUGUUUUGUAUUCAUAUGAGACAUUUUAUUAAGUAUUUUGAUGACUGUAACAUGAUAGCAGGAUGCCAAUAAUAAGCAGUUGUUUUAAUUUGUUUUUAUAUCUGAAAAGUUUGGCCAAGAUCGGUCUUCAGUCCAUUUCAAAAUAGGAACUUUCUAUUUUGGUUUUGCCAUUCCAGUAUUUAUUUCCUUUGUUAUCGAGCCGAUCUUGGUUCAGAAUGUAACUUUCUACAUGAGCAAAAUAUAACUGGAGGCUAUUGUAAACAAAAUAGUCCAAUGAGUUUACGUGAUUGUUAAUAAUGGUCAAAUAAAAGAAAUUAAUGUAAUCAUGUGGGCAAUUUUUGACAAACCAUUAGAUCAAAAUGUGCAAACAAUAACUUCGAACAACACAUUCAUGUACUAAGCUAUGCAUGUUUUUUUAAAAGAGGACACUACUAUGUUUUCAGCUAAAUCUGUUUAUUGCCACCGUUUUGGGUGGGGUGGAUGUCUAAAUGUGUGUAUGUGUGUUUGUGUGUACAGUACAUGUAUACAUGUAGGAGUUUGAACGCAAGACACAUUUGUCAGUGUGUGUUUGAUUUUGCAAAUGUGUGGUGUAUGUGUGCUCACGUCGACCUGUAAUACCCCAGAGACUGGUGACAUUUACCCGGUACACCGGGCUCCUCUGGACAUCAUAACGGUGGUUCCUCCUGGUCAAUGUUUGCUAUAAAAGCAUCGUAGCCUUAUUUUUAACAAUCUAUUAAACUCAGUUUCAUGGAGUCAU